UCUGGUUCGAUGCCAACAUCUCUCUCGGAAUUGCUUCGCCAUGUCCACCAGCGACAGGAGGAUUGGAGCGCGUCCGGAGCGCGACGAACAUGCGGUUGGCAAGCAAUCCGACAAGCCUGCGGGCUCCCACAAAGAGCCCCUAGCCGGGAGCGCAGGAAACAACUUUUUCAGCCUCAGUGACCUAUCUUCUAUUUCUCUGAAGUCUGCCAUUCCCACCGGCUCCCUCCAUCUCACUUCCGAAGGGUGGUGGUGCCAUUUCCGGAAUGGGAGAAAAGUUCGAUGUCAACCAAGAAACCGGCAAGGGGAGCGUGAGCAUCCCGAUAGGUGUUCCGCCGGGAAGAGCUGGCAUGGACCCCAAGUUGUCACUCACAUACAACUCUGGCGCCGGCAAUGGCGAGUUUGGUCUGGGAUGGAGUCUCCAAGGCCGGGGCAUCAUCAGUCGGAAAACAUCAAAGGGCUUAGAAGGUCUCACCUGCUUACGCAACCGAGUGGCUCGUGCAACGGAAAUCUCUGUGCCACUCAUCACCUAAAAAUGAAGCUUUAGAGCUCUAUAUAAAUUGUAUCUUAGUUAAUUUUUAAGUGUAG